AUGACGAUAAUUACAAUUGCAGAGGUUCUUCCCAAGGAGCAAGAGUCCAAUCCUCACAUUGGGCUCCCCAGCCUGGGGGACCUGCACCAGGGAAUUGAAAUAGAAUUGAAAGCAGUGACUCGAAUUGAAAGAUACAUAUCCAAUUGUGUUCAUAUCAGCAUUAUUCCCAAUAACCAAAAGGUGGAGGAGGGACCCAGGAAACAUAGAAAUGGUGAGUGUGCUGCCCCCUGGCGUGCGGAGACGGAGAGGAGAGGCUGGUUGGAACCGGCCGUGGCGGGACCCAGGCCUCCCCGCGGUCAAUUGAGUCUGCGGACCGAGUUCACCCUCGCGGCGCCGCUCGGACAUCAUUCCCGCCGGCUCGCAGCGUGGGGGCGGGGCCGGCCUCCUGGACACUCAUGUUGGGUAACGGGACUAGAAGAAAAAGCUUCCAGUUCUUCGGACUCAGUAGCUUUUGAGGAUGUGGCUGUGAACUUCACCCUGGAAGAGUGGGCUUUACUGGAUCCUUCACAGAAGAACUACAGAGAUGUGAUGCGGGAAAUCUUCUGGAACCUCGCCUCAGUAGGAAAAACAUGGGAAGAACAUGUCACUGAAGAUCAGUACAAAAACCAGGAGAGAAAUUACAGAAGUCAUAUGAUUGAGGCACUCUGUGAAAAUAAAGAGGGUAGUCCAUGUGGAGAAAACUUCAGCCUUAUUCCAAAUCUCAGUCUGAACAAGAAAACUACUGGAGUAAAACCACAUGAAUGUGGUGCAUGUGAAAAAAUCUUUACAUGUCAUUCAUCCCUUAAUAGACAUAUGAGAUGUCACACUGAACACAAACCAUAUGAGUAUCAGAAAUAUGGAGAGAAGACGUAUAAAUGUAAGGCAUGUGGGAAAGCCUUUAGUUAUCUGCAGUGUUUUAAAAACAUGAAAAAUCACAAUGGAGAGAAAAUGUAUAAAUGUAAAGACUGUGGGAAAGCUUUUAUUAUGUGUCUCAAAACCCUUCAAAGACACGUGAUAAUGCAUACUGGAGAUGCUCCUUAUAAAUGUAAGGAACAUGGGAAAGCCCUCAGUUGUUCUAGUACACUUCGAGUGCAUGAAAGAACUCAUACUGAAGAGAAACCCUAUCAGUGUAAACACUCUGGAAGAGCCUAUAGAUAUCAAACACAUGACAGAACUGGCACAGUAGAGCAGUUCUAUGAAUGUCAGCAAUGUGGUCAGGCUUAUAUUUCCCUUCGAGGUUUAAAAAUACAUGAAAGAAAUCACACUGGAGAGAAACCCUACAAAUGUAACAAAUGUGGUAAAGCUUUCAAUUCUCAUCUAGGUUUCAAAGUACAUGAAAGAAAUCACAGUGGUGAGAAACCAUACGAAUGUAAAAAAUGUACCAAAGCAUUCAGCUGCCCCAGUUCUCUUCAAAGACAUGGAAGAAUUCAUACUGGAGAGAAACCCUAUCAAUGUAAGGCAUGUGGGAAAGCCUACAGAUGCCAGAGUUCCUUACAUAUACACAAGAGGACUCACAAAGGAGAGAAACCCUAUGAAUGUAAGCAGUGUGGGAAAACCUUUCUUUCUCUUUCUAGCUUCCAAGCACACAUGAUCAUUCACGCUGGAGAUGGACCUUAUAAAUGUAAGGAAUGUGAGAAAACAUUCUUUUCUCCCAGUUCAUUUCAAAUACAUGAAAGGAGACACACUGGACAGAAACCCUAUGAAUGUAAAAUAUGUGGUAAAGGCCUCAGUUGUUCCAGUUAUGUGCAAGUACAUGAAAGAAUUCAUUCUGGAGAGAAACCCUUUAAAUGUGAUAAAUGUGGGAAAGCCUUCAUUUAUCACACAAACUUUCAAAGACAUAUGAUACUGCACACUGGAGAGAAACCAUACAGAUGUGAAGAAUGUGGGAAAGACUUUAGUCGUCCCAGUUCAUCCCAAAGGCAUGAAAGGAGUCACUGGAUACUCUUGAAUGUAAACAACGUGGGAAAGACUUCAUUUGACCCCAUCCCUACAUGUUAA